CCUAUGUCGAAGCCCUAUGCUCUUCGACAAUCAGCAGCCCAGUAGUCCACUCCCUCCUCCUCCCUCCCUCUCUCUCUCUCCUGAGUGGGCCAUCAAUGGAUCUUUUUGAGAGCUGAUUGUGCGAAUCUGUAAGCUAAAGCUUCUUCCAGUCCCUCUGGACCAUCAAUGGACCUUUUGGGUGCUGAUUAUGCGAAUCUGUGAGCUAAAGCUUCUCCCGGAGUUUUCAUGGGUAUCGGAAGGUCGAACUACACUUUCCUAACCCAAUCUCCAGACGAUCAGCAGCUCCUUAACCGAUACCAAUCUCAUCAUCACGAGCCUCAGUCAGCCGACAGCAUGGCGGGAAGGGUGGGCAGCGUGUUCCCUUCGGUCGGACUGCAGCGCCAGUCCAGCGACAGCAGCUACUGCGGGAGCUCGCUCUCCGGCGAUGGCCAUGUGCCGACCCUGUCGACCGUUGCUGGGAUCGAGCUCGACACGCCGGGGCUCUCGCACGAGGAUGUGAGUUUGAAGGCAGCUGAUCGGAGUUCUGGAGGGUCUUCGUCGGGGAAGAGCUGGGCGCAGCAGACGGAGGAGAGCUAUCAGCUGCAGCUGGCCUUGGCGCUGAGGCUCUCGUCGGAGGCAACCUGUGCGGACGAUCCUUAUUUCCUGGACCCAGUCUCAGAUGAUUUAUCUGCUAGAGCUUCUUCAUGGAGCUCGUUGGCGGCCAUUUCGCAUCGGUUUUGGGUGAACGGGUGCAUGUCAUACUCCGAAAAAGUCCCAGAUGGUUUUUACCUCAUUCACGGGAUGGAUCCUUACGUGUGGACAAUGUGUAUGGAUCUACAAGAGAAUGGCCGUGUUCCAUCCCUCGAAUCUCUUAAAGCCGUUGAUCCUUGCAUCGAGUCUUCGAUUGGAGCUGUGUUGAUUGAUCGGCUUGGCGAUCCUCUGUUAAAGGAGCUCCAAAAUGAAGUCUUCAGGAUAUCUCAGAGCUGCAUAACCAGAGAGGAGGUGGUAGAUCAGCUUGCCAAGCUUGUCUUCAAUCGCAUGGGGGGUUCAGCUCUUAAUGGAGAAGAUGACCUGUAUUCAAAUUGGAGGAAGUGGAGUGGUAUUUUAAAAGAUCGCUUCGGAUCUGUAGUCUUUCCAGUUGGAAGCCUAUCAGUUGGUCUCUGCAGACAUCGUGCUUUACUAUUCAAAGUUCUUGCUGACACCAUUGAGUUACCAUGUAGAAUUGCUAAAGGAUGUAAAUACUGUCUAAGAGAUGAUGCAUCUUCUUGCCUUGUCCAAUUUGGACCUGACAGGGAGUAUUUUGUUGAUUUGAUUGGGAAACCAGGUAAUCUAUGUGAUCCUGAUUCCCUGCUAAAUGGCCCUUCAUCCAUCUGCAUAUCUUCACCGUUGCGCUUUCCACGACUCAAGUCCAGUGAAUCUCUGAUCAACGUUGGGUCACUGGCUGAACAGUAUUUUUCAGACUCUCUGACGCUUAAUCUUGUGUUCUCUGAUGCUAUGGCAGAGGAUAUUAGCAGGGAUCCAAUCUGCCACGAGCAUGAUCAAUCAGUUGGGAAUGAAGGCGAUCAACCAAUAUUAGCCUUGCCUAUCCCAAGGGUGGAAACUGGAGAAGAUCUGAGGUCUAAUGAGGGAGGUCCAUUAGUGCCCACCAGAUCAAGUCAAGGGCUCUCCCAUGAUGUGGACGACUUCGACAUUGCAUGGGAUGAUCUUAAAAUGGGAGAGAGAAUUGGAGCAGGUUCUUUUGGAACUGUAUGUCGUGCCAUUUGGCAAGGCGUGGAUGUUGCUGUGAAGAUUCUAGUGGAAGUAGAUUUUCGUGCAGAGCAAUAUAAAGAGUUCUUGACAGAGUUUUUGAGGGAGGUUGCUAUAAUGAAACGUUUGCGGCAUCCCAAUAUAGUUCUCUUUAUGGGUGCAAUCACUCAGCCACCACAAUUGUGCAUAGUCACGGAGUAUUUACCAAGAGGCAGCUUGUAUAAGCUUUUGCAUAGAACAGUGGACAGAGAGAAAUUGGAUGAAAGACGUAGAUUGAAUAUGGCGUAUGAUGUGGCAAAAGGAAUGAAUUACCUGCACAAACGUAACCCUCCUAUUGUUCAUCGAGAUCUGAAAUCUCCUAAUCUAUUGGUUGAUAAGACGUAUACAGUUAAGGUUUGUGAUUUUGGUCUGUCCCGGUCAAAGGCAAAUACAUAUCUUUCAUCAAAGACAGCUGCAGGAACACCUGAGUGGAUGGCUCCUGAAGUACUUCUUGAUAUGCCAUCAAAUGAAAAGUCCGAUGUUUAUAGCUUCGGAGUGAUCUUAUGGGAGCUUGCUACUCUGCAACAACCAUGGAGUCACCUAAACCCAGCACAGGUUAUAGCAGCUGUUGGUUUAAAAGGGAAAAGACUUGAUAUUCCGCAAGAUUUAAAUCCUCGGGUGGCUUCUAUUAUUGAGGCUUGCUGGGCCAAAGAACCCUGGAAGCGCCCUUCCUUCUCUACUAUCACGGAGUUGCUGAAGCCAUUGAUCCUCACACCUCAGCCAAGUGUUGUGGACACUACACUCAAUGGGCGAAACUCACAGUAUGACUCGUCUCGGGGCUUCGACGGUUUCACGUAAUAUGGCCUUCCUAUGUGACUUCAGAUCCGGCAAAGGUACAGCAAUUCUAAUACCGCAUUUCUCCAAUCACCUACUCUAAUUUUCUGAGUUCAUCUUGUAUAUGUCUGCUCUAAUCGAUUUGGACUCCCAUUUUUAGUUGCAACCAUAAGAUGCUGUGAACAACUUGUGCUAGCUGUUGUUACUCCUAAAAGAUCUUUCCAAUCGGUCACGCAUUUCAUCCUAAAACUUUACAAUUGUAUAUUUUCCCUUAUCAAAAAGUUAUGAAUGCAAAGGAUAAAUCAAUUCACGAGCUGUU